UUACCGUUACAAUGAGAAUCCAUCGAACCGCUCAAACCAAAACACACUCGCCCCCCACACACAAUGGUUCUUCAUUCUCAGAAACCAUGACCCUUCACCUCUCUGAAGCUCUCCAUCUACAGCAUUUUGCUCUCUUUGUUUCGACAAUUUAAGAUAAAUGCCCUUUGUAUUGAGGAAAAUUCCUGGGUACAGAGGUAGAUUUGUUGGUGAAUUGGUGGCUUGUUUGUGAAGGAGUUUUUUCUUGAAGGUUUUGAACAAUGGGAGAAGGAGAAGGGAAUUCUAGGGAGCUUGAUCAGACACCCACAUGGGCAGUGGCUACAGUUUGUGCAGUUAUCAUUUUAAUUUCUAUAAUAUUGGAAAAAGUUCUUCAUUUGGUUGGUGAGUUAUUUCAAAGAAGGCGCAAGAAAGCUCUGUAUGAAGCUCUUGAGAAAGUUAAAGGCGAACUUAUGAUUCUAGGAUUCAUUUCUCUACUCUUGACAUUUGGGCAAAACUACAUUUCCAAAAUCUGUAUUCCCUCUGACCUUGCUGAUACGAUGUUACCAUGCCCGUCUGGAGGCCAAGCCCAUCAUGAAGCAGAGCAUAAGCCUGAGCCAGCUGAAGGAGAACAUCACAGAAAACUUCUGUGGAAUGAGCAUAGAUUUUUAUCAGUGGAGAGUGAAGGUGUGGUGUGCAAGGAGGGACAUGUGCCACUUAUAUCUACACAUGGAUUACAUCAGUUACACAUCUUCAUAUUCUUUUUAGCAGUGUUCCAUGUAAUAUACAGUGCAAUAACAAUGGCACUGGGAAGAUUGAAGACUCGUGCAUGGAAGGAGUGGGAAAGGGAGACUGAGUAUGACAAUGAUGCUGCAAGAUUCAGGCUUACUCAUGAGACCUCUUUUGUGAGGGAUCACAGCAGUUUCUGGACUAAAACACCGUUCCUGUUUGUUGUUGUAUGUUUCUUUCGGCAAUUCUUCAGAUCUGUUCGAAAAGCUGACUACUUGACCAUGCGCCAUGGAUUUGUCACUGUACAUUUAGCCCCUGGAAGUAAGUUCCACUUCCAAAAGUACAUCAAAAGAUCCUUGGAAGAUGACUUCAAGGUAGUUGUGGGAAUCAGUCCAGUAUUAUGGGCUUCAGUCGUGGUAUUUCUGCUUCUUAACGUUCAUGGAUGGGAGGCUAUGUUUUGGAUCUCCAUAUUUCCCCUAGUUGUAAUCUUAGCAGUUGGAACAAAGCUUCAAGCAAUCAUAACAAAUAUGGCUCUUGAAAUUCAAGAAAAACAUGCUGUCGUCCAGGGGAUUCCUCUUGUGAAAGUCUCUGACAGACAUUUUUGGUUCAGUUGGCCACAGCUAGUUCUUUAUCUCAUUCACUUCACCCUGUUUCUGAAUGCAUUUGAGAUAACAUAUUUCUUUUGGAUAUGGUAUGAGUUUGGGUUGAAGUCUUGCUUUCAUAGUGAUUUCGAUCUUAUAAUUCUCAGGGUUGCUAUUGGGGUUGGAGUCCAAAUCAUGUGCAGCUACAUCACACUUCCUCUAUAUGCGCUUGUCACCCAGAUGGGAUCAACCAUGAAGAGGGCUAUCUUUGACGAGCAAACAUCCAAGGCCCUGAGGAAGUGGCAUUUGAAUGCUCAGAAGAAGAAGAAUGAGGGGAAGCCAGAACACGGUCCUACUAGAACUCUGGGUGGAAGCCCAGGUGAUUCGCCAGUAAACACUCCCUCGGCGGCACAUCCCCACUUUACCAACACUGCAGGCCAGUCAGAUCACUGCCUGCCUGUUGCGGAAGCAGACACACCAUCCUCCUACCAGGCUGCCAACAUCAUGACCAGCAUUGAUCUUCGUGACCAACAACAAGACUCUCCUCCAGACCUAUUAACUGGACCCUGAUAAUGGUGAUUGUUUGUAAAAAUGUUGUUAGUGUUUGAUGCCAAAUUGCCCACAGACUUGGCUGGCGAAGAAUCGGUUUUUUCUCUUGUUCUUGCUUCUUGUUUUUGCAGUACUCCACAUAGUUUCGGUACAUCCUAUGUAGGAGGAAAAGCAAUUUGUAUUCUUUCGUGGGUAAAAUGGAUCCGGUCAUACCACUUAUACAACUCGAUCUCAUUGUUUUGUACUUGGUAUAUACAAUCAAUCUCAUUGUUUUGUAUUUGAA